AUGGCCAUGAGGCCCAUACCGCGCAUUUUCCAUCAUAGCGCCAAACCCGUCUCUGUGCAGGAAUUCGUCGACGCCCUCCGCGCAGCAUGUCCCCCGCGAUAUCCCAAGGCGCGGCAUACCGGCCAUCGCCGAAUAGGCGUCGCGACCAGUGGUGGUGUCGACUCAAUGGCCCUAGCCUUCCUCUUCUCUGCCCUCCGCAAACACGACCCGGACUUCAUCAUCGGCGAUAACCCCUGCGGCGGCAUCGACGCCUUCGUCAUCGACCACAAGCUCCGCGACUCUAGCACCCAGGAAUCCCACGCCGUCUUGCGCGAGCUCGAAAAGCUCCGUUACAUCAAACCGCAGCGCCUCGCCCUCGACUGGGCGGAACUCCUCGGCUCCCCGGACAUUGACCCGCGGACCCUGCCCAACCUUGAGACGGCGGCAAGGCGGGGGAGGUAUAGAACCCUUGGAGGGAUGUGCGUAAAGGAAGGGAUUGAUAAUCUCUUUUUGGCCCACCAUGCUGAUGAUCAGCAUGAGACGGUGCUUAUGAGGUUGCUUGGCGGACAUCCCGGAAGAGGAUUGGUGGGGAUACGUUCGUCGGGCGAUAUUCCUGAGUGUAAUGGUAUAUACCGCGUACAUCAGAGCGGCUUUAUCGACUUGAUGAGGCGGAAGAAGCCGCCGUUGACGUACAAGCUGCGGAAGAAAGAGGUCCACGAUUUGAGGAGGUCACUCUUGUCCGAGAUUUCGUCUCAUCUGAAAUUUGGCUUGGAGCAUACGCUGCAGCAGCUUGACGUGAGGCCGCAUUCCGGGCCGCCACUUUUGCCUGAAGAUUACUUCUCGGAAGUGGGGGUGGCCGAUGACCUCGCGACGGAGCAUCAGAUAUCGCCGCGGGUGAAGCCCGAUCUUCCGCAGCUCGAUGUGGAGGAUGGUGGUGUGCGCAUAUGCAGGCCUCUUUUAGACUUCGAAAAGGACAGGCUCAUUGCGACUUGUGAGCAGAACGGUGUCAAGUGGUUCGAGGACCACACGAAUACGGACCCGACGCUGACGACCAGGAAUGCCGUGCGGUACAUGGUUCGGAACUUUGAGCUACCCCAGGCAUUGCAGCGGCCGGCGAUCCUGCAGAUGGCGGACAGGCUAAAGGAGGCGAUUAGGGCGGAUGAGGAGGAAGCGGACGGACUCUUCCGGAAGACGGAAAUUAUCGACUUUAGGACGAACUCGGGGACCUUGAUCGUCCAGCUUCCCGAAGUGGAAGCGUCCGCUGGUGAUGGCCUGGAGAAGAGGAGGACUGCGGCGGCGUUGCUAGUGAGGAGGCUCAUCGAGGUGGUGACACCGGAGGAGCAGUUUCCCAUGCUUCCUUCGCUCCGGGGCAUCGUGUCGCGUCUCUUCCCCCGGCUUGCGACGGAAGCCUUCCCCGCCGCGGAUCCUCCGAAGCCAUUCAACAUCGGCGGCGUGCUCUUCUCGCCGCUGCUAACCAACCCUCCCCCGUCUCAAGACGAUGGCGACGACGCAGCAGCGGCGGCAGCAGCGUCCUCGGCGGCCCCCACCCCCGCGCCGCCUUGUUGGUUCAUCUCCCGCGCCCCCUACAAGUCGACAGAACCCCUCCCCAGUCUCGAGUUCGUCCAACGCAAGGGCAUGCCCCAGCGUGGUACCCUCAUCCGCUGCAAACCCGACUGGUCCUUCGUCACCAAAAAAUGGCACCUCUGGGACGGCCGUUUCUGGAUCCGUCCCCGCCUCCGCCUAGCGGGCACCUUCGCUAUCGAGCCCUUCCGCCCCUCGCACGCCAAGACGUUCCGCAACGCGUUGGAACCCAAGGAGCGCGAGAGGCUCGAGGCCCUGUUGAGGACCUACGCGCCCGGCAAGGUGAGGUAUACGCUGCCGGCGAUAUAUUACAAGGGUUCAAUCGAUUGGGCGACGAUGACGGCUAGGAUAGGGGAUGGGGAGACGUUGUUGGCUUUGCCGAGCUUGGGGGUGCAGUUACCUCGUUUGGGGGAGAUUGUGGAGUAUCAGGUUAGGUAUAAGAAGGUAGGGGAGGAUGUCUUGAGGAAGUGUGAUAUGUCCUUCGUGGUAUGA